AUGUUUUCCAGGAAUCUCAUUCUCGGCCACGGAAAGUCUCUAGUUAGUUCUGCCCGCCGCCAAUUCUCCAUUACGCCGGCCAGACUCGCUGAGGACGAUAAACCCGCUCCUUCCUCUCCUUACUGGAACGAUGAAGCUCUCGCGGGACGCACAAACCCACGCUCUGUCGACAUAGACGAUAUUCUCCCACCUAACAGCAACAACGAGGGCCCCGCCCAGGCCAGGGAACAAGACAUUGAAACCAUCGAAGAGGAGGAGGUCGAAGAACGUGGCAGUCGCUUCAACAACAACGAGGAGGGCGGUAGUCGUGGCGGGUUCGGAGGUCGCGGAGGCUUCCGUGGUCGUGGAGGAUAUGGCGGUGACCGUGGUGGUCGCGGUGGCUUUGAGCGCCGUGGCGGAUACAAUGGUGACCGCGGUGGGUAUGGCGGAGGCCGUGGUGGUUAUGGUGGCGACCGUGGCGACCGCCCAAGCUACGGAGACCGCCCAAGCUACGGAGACCGCCCUAGUUACGGUGACCGUGGUGGAUAUGGUGGCGGCCGUGGCGGUGAUCGUCCUAGCUACGGUGACCGCAGUGAGCGUCCCAGCUAUGGCGAACGCCCCAGUUACGGCGAGCGCAGCGAACGCCCCAGUUACGGCGAGCGCAGCGAACGUCCCAGUUACGGUGAUCGCAGUGAACGCCCCAGCUACGGUGACCGUCCCAGCUACGGUGGCCGCGGAGGCUUUAGUGACCGUGGCGGCCGCGGUGGUUACGGUGGAGACCGUGGUGGAGACCGUGGUGGCUUCGGCGGUGGCUUCCGCGGUCGCGGUGGCUUUGACGGAGAAGGCCGUGGCGGUGGAUUCGGAGGCCGUGGUGGUCGUGGAGGCUUCGGCGGUGGCCGCGGCGGUUUCGACGGUGAAGGCCGGGGUGGCUUCGGUGGUGGAUUCGGUGGUGGUUUCGGCGGGCGCGGACGUGGACGUGGCGGUCCAGGUGGCCGUGGUGGUGGGCGCGGACGUGGUGGACGCGGUGGCAGAGACGAUGACCGCAAUGCCUCGUCUCGCACCUCCCGCAGGGACCCUUUCCCCCCUGCACCGCCUGCAGAGCAGAUUGAGCUGCCUUACACCCCUACCGUUCCCACUGCUGAAUAUCUCGCCCCUCACAUUCCGCCUUCAGUAAUUUCCAACCAGGGCAUCGGCGCCACCCUUUGGGCUGAUACUACUCACAGCUCAAAGCCAACCUCCCAAUGGACCUACGAGAACUGGAAGAACUACGACGCCAGCCGCGAAUCAGCUCUCGGCAGACUCAUCGAGGGCAAGUACACGCCCCCUAACGUGGGCCCUCACGGCAUCGCGGGAGAUAUCCACAGGAUGGUCAUGGUGAACGGAACCUUCUCGGACAGGAAGAAGAGGGAGCUUUUGAUCAACGUUCUGCCUAGACUUGGAAUGAGCCUUCCGGCUCCUCCUCCUAGCGCGUAA